UCUAUCUCUUGUUCUGUAUAAUAAAUUCUUGCGGGGGCUUCUCUCUGCUCCGUACGAUCUCUUGGCUUGUUUCAAGGUGGCAGAUGUUUUCAGAUGUAGAAAUGUCUCGGGACGUGGCUAUAUGUGCCAAACACUUGAUUGGCCAUACGUUUCACCAAGAGAUUCUCACCAGGCUACUCCAAGUUCUAACACACGAGAAAGCAUGUAGGAAACAUGGAUUCUAUCUCGGUAUCACCAGUGUAAAAAGCAUCGGUAAGAACAAGAACAAGAUCAUCAACAUCAACAACAACAACGAAGACAAUCAUCAAGCACAAAUCCUCACAUUCCCGGUCUCCUUCACAUGCCGCACAUUCUUGCCUGCAAGAGGAGAUGUCUUGCAAGGGGUUGUAAAAAUGGUAUUGUCGAACGGAGUUUUUAUCAGUUCAGGACCACUUAGAUACGCAUACCUCUCACCCUUGAAAAUGCCGGACUACCAUUAUGUCCAAUCAGAGUCUGAUGACGAGAAACCGUAUUUUCAAAAAGAUGAUCUCUCCAAGAUUGCUGUUGGAGUUGUUGUCCAGUUUGUGGUGUUGGCUGUGCGGUUUAAGGAGAGACCACACAAGAUAAGAAACGAUUAUUAUGUUCUCGCGACUUUGGAAGGCGAUACACUCGGUCCCAUCUCUCUUGCAGGUUCGGAUGAGCCGUACAUGUGAUGUGUUUCAACCCAACUAUUGCGCCAAAGUUGAAGUCUUUAGAUACUUUUUGGUUCUAGGUUAAUCUCAGUUUCAUAGGUUACUUUCUUAUUUGUUCUUUGGUAUAGGUAAACGAACUCAUCUGUCUCUAAACUCUACACAAGUUGUAAUACCCAUUGAUGAUUAGCCGUUAAAGACAAACCUGUGUGAGAUUCAUAAAAAGACAUAUAACUCCACAA